CGCGAUAUAAAACCACAGCGUAUAGCUACACUAGAGCCAUUCCAUAUCGAAACUUCGUACAACGUUGAUAUUAUUCCGUUAUAUCAGCAACCAAAUGUUCAUGAACGGUGUAGAAGCUAUAAACUCUCAGUUGGGAAACAUCAGUUUGGAUAUUCAAAACAAAAUGCAGCCGAAAUUGGACCGACCGCCCAUGGCUUCAAAAAACCAGCUGCCUCUGCUUCACCUGACACCAUCAGACGGUGCACAAAGAAAGACCGACAUCAGUCCACAGAGGCCUGUGAACCCCACACUGCUGAAGCCACAGCACGACAUCCCUGCGACCCCGCCACCGCAAAACAACUCUCAACCCCUCGAGUUCUUCCCCAAGCGAAUAGGGUAGUUAGCAGACCAUUCCACAAACGAUAUAGCUCUCAAAUGGCAAGAUGCCAUUUUGUCAGAACACGGACUUUCCACAAAGUCGAAUAAAAAUAUGUCUCGUUCCGUCGGACACGGACCGGAGUAAACUUUGGCCAAAAUACGUCAGUGGACGAAAAUUUCCCAGUGUGUGAUAUAUCUGCUCAAGAUUUUGUAAAUAUGUGCCGUCGCACGAGGAAAUGUGGGGUUUAUUUACCGUCCAAUAUAUACAGGACGACUAUAUUGUUUUUGUUACUUUGGUGAUAUAUCGGUGUAAAUUUAACAUAUGUAUGCGUGCACCAAAGGCAAUAUAAAUUAUGAUAGUGUGAUAAAUUAUAGAUUAACAUGUAAGUAAUAGGUUAAUUAUCUAGAAUUUAUCGGGAUUGUUGAUUAAAUUGAAAAUAAACUGUUAUUGAACCUUU